UUUCUUUGCUUCCAAUCGGCUGCAAAUCGCGCUGAUCCCGAAACAACGAAACAACUGUCAUUGAUGCGCAUUGGGGAUCUUGUUGCUUGCUGUCAGUGAGCGGAUUGUCAACGAAAAAAUGGUGCAGAAGGGGAUGGUGUAAAAUCGUAUCUCAUCAUAAUUUAGCCAAUUUUGCACGGUCAGCUUGCGAGUCGACCAUAUUCCUAUGGUCUAUGUGAGUGUUCUCGUGUCCUUUUUGUAACCGAACGCAUCCGAGCUGAAAUGAGUUUGUUAACAUAGUUCCCAAGUGCUUCAACGACAGCUCGAACUUGAAGAACAGCAGCAGCAGCAACAGCAACGGUAGUAGUAGCAGUCUGUUUGCGCAAUAAAUUUCAAGCAUUUCGUAGCAAAAAGUGCAUGCAGCUCCCCAUCGACAACCGAUCGAUGAUGGCACAUAUCGAUUGGUGCCUAAAGACAGUGUCCAUGCGGAUGAUUUGAGCUUUGUUUGUACUUUAAACUUCUUGCUGAGCAUCCAUCGAUCGUCGCUCGGAUACGGCAAACACGAUCGUUCGACAACGUAAACAUCGCCGCCAGCUAGGUUGGCUGCAAACGUCACAUUCCGCAGCUAAACGCAGCUUCGCAAACGAAGAGACAAGUAAAUACUACCGCAAAAACCCCCAUAGAGCAGUUAUACGGGUUACAGAAUAUUCAGUGCGUACUAAAAUUGAAUGUAUCAACAUUGUUCCCGAAGACAUACUUUUGUCAAGAGGCUGCUAUCAUCAAGGUUGUAUCCUAAAUCCUGAAGAGAUACGAGUGUGAUAAUCAUAUCGUGGCUACAUAUGUGGUUUCUGUGCGAAUGAGCAUUAGAAAAAAAAAAUAGUCGACCAACUAGAUCCGAUAAAACAGACAACACCAUCCGUACACAGUGGGACGCGUUAAACCCGUCCUAAUUGCGUUACACGUGAAGUGAGAUUAUCAGCCGAAAGAAGGCAAAUCAGCAGCAAAGAAAUCCAUCAAGUGCCCCCGCACUUCAUCAUGCGUCGUGAAUAAUGUUCUAUCAUUGCAGCACCGUGUUGUGUUAUGUUUCGUAAGCCCACCUCCUCUGCAGGACCGCACAUAUCGUACAGACUCGUGACUCGUGCAUCCGUAUGGGUCGUACGGUGCAGAAGAAAGUAGUAGGACCACCAGCUGCAUUACAUAAGCCAUUCGUUGAACCGAGUCGAUCGGAGUACCGCGGACCAGCUCCGGGCACACCUGACACUUGCGUCCGCAAGGCACUAAACCAACGCGCCCGGAUGAAGCGGUGCUAAUAAUCAGCGACAGCGCGUACAUCUCAAGCAACGGUGUGUGCAUUAAGCGAUCUGGUCGGUAGGCGGGAAGAAUUAUUCAUCUGUCUUCGUCUGCGACCGUCUGUAUGCUGUACCGUGUGCCGAGACGUUAGUGACGGACGGUACUCUUCGACAACUGCAACAGCAUUGCAAGGGCUCACCAGCGUGGCCCCGACACUGCAGCGAUGAAAUGCGCUCACCUGCACAACAUCGUGCAGCUCUCGCUGGUGGAGUUGUGCAAGCUGAAAAAGGAUGAAUCGUGUACGGAUUGUGAAACCAAUGGACCAAACCUUUGGAUAUGUCUGCAGAAGAACUGUCUACAUAUAGGAUGUUCGGAACAGUACAAGGACCACAGCACCAUCCAUUUCCAGUCGAACCGCACGCACUGCAUCCAUAUGAACCUUUCCUCCCAGCGUGUCUGGUGUUACCUGUGUGAAUCCGAACUGUUCCUUACCAAGCAACCCCACCCGCACCAACAGCAGCAACAGCAGCAGCAACACCAUCACCAUUACCAUCAUCGGCGAACGUCAGUGGUGAGCAAUGAUUCGAGCGAUACGAGCCGCUACUCAUCCAUUAACAAUGAUAAGUUGAUCGUGCACGCGGACAAGCUAGUAUCGGGUGCUACAGCAACGUCCGGUUACGGUGGCACAACGACGGGUGAUUCCUGUGAUAGCAGCGGCGAAGAGGAUGACUUCGAACGGCACGGCAAGUGGAAUGGUUUGGUCGGGUUGCAAAAUCUGGCCAACACGUGCUACAUGAAUGCGGCCCUGCAAGCACUAAGCAACAGUCCACCACUGACCGGGUACUUUCUCGACUGUGGCGCUAUUCUCGAGACGGAUCUGCUCGGCGGUACGAAUCCGGCCAUCACGAAGCCCGGUUUGGCGAAACAUUAUCACAAACUGAUCCGUGAGAUGUGGUGCAAGAACCGUCGGUACGUCAUACCGAGUGGCAUACUGUGUGGGAUCCGGAUCGUACAUCCAAUGUUCCGGGGGUAUCAGCAGCACGAUACGCAGGAAUUUUUGCGCUGCUUUAUGGAUCAGUUGCACGAGGAACUGAAGGAGGUAACUGCUCCUCCGCCACCGGACGUGCUUUCGCGAGGGAUAGUCGAUGAGGUGGAGGAACAUUCCGAUGGACGUCCUUCGCCCUGUUCGUCACCGUCCCCUUCACAGUCCGAGGGAGAGUACGAAACGUGUGACAGUGGCGUAUCGGAACGGUCAAGCCUGUCCGACGAUCAACUGUCUCCGACCAAGCUGUCCGCCAGCAAACGUUUCCGUAAGUUGUCAUCCCGCUCGCCAAGCCCACCCGGAUCGACCGGCGACGGUCAGGUAAACCAAAGGCUUAUGGCGGUCGCACGAACUCGAACCUCUUCCAUCCGGCAACAGUCACCCGUGGGAAGCAAUCGUUCGAAUGUGAGUAGCGUUUCUGCUGCCAGUAUCACCGUUGGCACGUCGGGCAAUGCGGGAAAUGGGACCGGCGGUGGAGGUGGUAGCGGUGAUCCUUCGGACGGUGGUACUACAAAGGAAAAGUUACCCCAACGGUCGAUCAUCAGUGAUAUUUUCGAUGGCAAGCUGCUGUCGUCUGUGCAGUGUCUAACGUGCGAUCGUGUGUCGACGCGCGAGGAAACAUUCCAAGAUCUUUCGUUACCGAUUCCCGGCAAGGACCACCUGGCGGUGCUGCACCAAACACACCCAGGCAUGGGAUCGUCGGGUACGGGUUCGGGUGUUUCAUCCGUGUCGGUUGGCAGUGCCGGCAGUGGAUCGAGCGGCAGCGGUUUAGGGGCAGGAUCGAGUGGUGCAUCGAGUGCUAGCACGAGCAGUGGCAUAACGUGCUCGGAUGCCGUCUACCCGGUGAACGGUGACAGUUGGCUGUGGUGGUUCUGGAAUUCACCCUUCUGGAGCUGGGUACGUUCGUGGUUCUGGGGACCGGCCGUUACGUUGCACGACUGUAUGGCGGCCUUCUUCAGUGCGGACGAACUUAAGGGCGACAACAUGUACAGCUGCGAACGAUGCAACAAGCUGCGCAAUGGUGUAAAGUAUUCGCGCGUGCUUGCGUUGCCGGAGAUGCUUUGCGUGCAUCUGAAGCGUUUCCGGCACGAUCUUUCGUACAGUUCGAAAAUUUCUAGCCCAGUUCUGUUUCCGCUGUACGGUCUCGAUAUGAGACCGUACCUGCACAAAGACUGCCGUUCGGAGGUGACCACGUACGAUCUGUGUGCCGUCAUCUGUCACCAUGGUACGGUGGGCGGAGGACACUACACCAGUUUCGCGAAACACGACCCAACCGGCAAGUGGUUUGAGUUUGACGAUCAACUCGUCACGCAGGUAACGCCGGAACACGUGCAGAGCUGCGAAGCGUACGUACUGUUCUAUCGGAAAAACAACGCCAAAAUGGCCACGGUGCGGGCACAGGCGAGCAAUCUACUAACGAUGCAGGAGCAAGCAUCUGAUAUUCGAUUUUACGUAUCGCGCAACUGGCUGCAUCGCUUCAACACGUUUGCUGAACCGGGCCCGAUUGACAACUGGACGUUGCUGUGCCCGCACGGUGCAUUUCCACCGAACAAGGCGUCCCACUUCUCCAAGCUGGUCGUGCCAUUCCCGCAGGCCCUGUGGGACUUUUUGUACAAAAAAUUUGGCGGUGGACCUGUGUGCAAUCACAUCUUUCCAUGUCACAUUUGCAAGAAGGCUGCCGAAACGCUGUCCCGAAGGCAACAUUACGAGCUGGAAACGUUUACGGCUUACAAUGACGAUUUUCAGUUCAACGAUACACCGACUACGAUCUACGCGAUCUCGAUGGGCUGGUUCCGACAAUGGCAGCUGUUUGCCCGUGGGCUUACGACGGACGAUCCGGGACCGAUCCAGAACAAGUCAAUCGCCAUACAGGGCGAUACCAGUGUGCCGCUUCGAAAUGUCCGACCAUUCUCAGAUUAUGCACAGAUAAAUGCGAACCUGUGGCACUUUUUCCACGGCAUAUAUGGCGGUGGUCCGGAGAUUGUUUUGCAGGGCAAUCCGGUUCCACCUCCGGUAUCGCAUCAAAUGCCUCCACAGCAGGAAGAACAGACAAAGCAGCAACAACCGCUACCAAAGGUCUCUGAAUCCAUGGAUGUAUCGGAACAAGGAUACUCAGCAACGGAUUCGCGAUCGAGCACCGUACCUAAGCAAACGGAUCAAGAUUCAGCCAUUGAAGUGACCAUAACUGAACCACCACCACAGCCAUCACAACAGCAACAUUCGGUGUUGUCGAACGCAGUGAACGCGGCCAGCACAAGUACACGGCCCCAGAAAAGCGUCUCGUUUGAGGAUACUGAUGCGUACCACGAUGAGGAUAGCAGCGAUGGCGAGAUGGUUGAAGAGAAUGGGCAUAGCUCCACAAAGCAGCAAACAUUCGUUUUCUCAUCCGCGGCAGCCGGAAGUGCACACGCGUCCAAGAGAAAAUCACAAUCCAAGUCCGGCAUGGGCUUGUUGCGCCGUCAUGAGUCUGGUGUAAAAUCGACCGGCGGAACGGAACCACCGUCAACGGGUUUCAAGCGUAAACAGCAUGCAGUAAGCAGUGGAAGGAACCAUACGGAUCCCGUACCAACGUCGAUGAUGAAUGGCGAUUGUAGUGGAAACCCGGCCACGGUUGCAGUUUCGGCCGCUGUACACGGUGUAGAGCAUCUGGAAAUAGGCACCAAAAAGGAUCGACGACACAGGGGCAGCCUAAUGAAGGCGAACGGCUUCUUUGGCCCCGAAGGGAAAUAUCAAAGCUCAUCAAAUGAUUACUCGAAUGGCGGGGAUAGCAUCGGUGACGUUAAUCCGACAAUUACACGGACAGAAUCAUUAUCCUUUCAUACGACGUCGGGUUCCUCUACGGGUAUGAAUGGAGGGCACUCCAUUGCCAGCUCAUCCUCUGUCCCAUCGUUCGCCGGACAGUCGACCGAUAUGAUCACGAUGCCUGCCGAUUGGAGCAAAUCUACUGUGGACGAGAACACGUCACAACCGUACGCUACAGAUCACACGGGAACCAACAGUACAAACGUACACGAAUCGAACGAAUUACUGCAGGACGACAAUGACAGUAAAACUGGCAGCAGUUCGUUACCCUCGACAACUUCCAGUGCCAAAAUGUCGUCCCGCCAGAAGGGACAUCAUCGUCACGUGCCGAAUGCCCAGACUGUUUCCGACGCACUGACGUCCACAUCCGUGACGGAGACAAUUGCCGGCGGUGUAUCUUUCGGCCGGCGGAAGCUAAAGAUGAAGUACAUGAAAAAGUUGGCCGGUCGCAAGACGGGUAGUAGUGGCGGACGUGGACGCAAUGGAACGAUGGUUGACGGGGAUGGUGAGAUCGACGAUGGUGGUUCUUCGGUGAUACCGCUAACCAUUAAUGGCGUCGGUGAGCAUGUCGCGGGCGAUGGCGAAGGUGUGAAAUGAGAACGGUUGCGUCGUUUCCGCUUUCCCUCGCUACGAUGAAGCGUGGAAGGGCGGAACUGCUGAGGGUUUGAAACAGUGAAUUUGCAUUUCUUGUUAGCAGUAGCAGUGUUACGUUUUUAUUUUGGAUUCAUUUGUAGUUUUCUGGUUAGGUUUUUGCUUUUCGGUUUUUGGUGGAAGAAGAAUGUCCCUGGUGUUUGCUUAUCGUGAAAUGAUUCCAUUUUAUUCAUUCAUCGUAUACUGCCCGCUCUGUUUACGAAUGUUAGAUUAAUCGUUUUACUCUUAAAUUUUUCGGGUGGGCUUAGCUAUGAAGGUGCUUAAACGAUAAGUAAGCAGAAAGGAAUUGUUUGGAUAUCCAUAUUUAUUUCAACAACCAUUUAUGUUCUCGGACGAUUUAGAGACAAGGGAUUAUAUGUUUAACAAGAAUACCUUCAAAGUUAGAUAGCAUACCGUGUGUAUGCGCAUUAGUAUCGUAGUAAUUUUGCGCCGUUUCUGUUUUGGUUGUAAGCUAUUUUGUAUUACCCAAUUGUUUCUUACUAUCUCUAUGGUCCGUUUCGCUUGUUGUGUUUUGUGGUCCAAAGGAAUAAUGUUAACGGUUAGAAGAAUUCCAUCGCGGACUAGCAAACCGUGUGCAAAGACCAUUUCUUGUGUGGAACAAAAAAUUGAAACCAAAAAACAAAGGAUGAAACACAUCAACUGCAACAAAAAGAAAAAAUAUUCAAAAGCAAUUAGUGAUGCACAUAUUAACAGUAAUACACCUGGUCGCGCAGCACCUCACCGUAAUUUGGUGAGAUGAUGUGCAGAUGAAACAAAAAGCAAAGGUUAUAUUUAAACAAAUAGCGUAACUCAGUCCUUUCUUUUUGAGGCACAGUCCACUGCCGGCUGUCUUUGGCUAAGGGAAUUUCUGGAAAAGCCCCUUCAAAACCGUUUCGAUUCCGGUGCUUGAUAGGUUGUAGAGAAUCGACAAAAAACACAUCCAGCGUAUGCUGCAUGGGUGGAUAAGAGCGAAAAUUCAAUGCCAAAAUGACUGGGCAGAAGAGCAUAAACGUUUAGAUGUUGUAUUAGUUUAAACUUUGUGAUUAAAAAAUGUUCUUUUUUUGUGAAGAAAACAAAAGCGAUUCGAAUGUUCUACUUCAACAUUUGGCGGCACGCCAAGAGCACGUUUGUAUGUUCUUAUUCGGGUGAUUAAGGUCUAGGAAGUGAUACGCAUUUCUGGGAUGGUAUUUCUGUAAACUAUGGUUGAGGUUAACGUUUAGUGCGCAUAGAUUAAGCGAAGCACGCGUUCCAAUGGUCGAACCGGUACGUGGUUAGUGCAGCAAAUUCGCGGUAAGAUUAAAUGGGUUAGAGGCAAUUUGCUGCCGGCUGAGAGCCGUGUUAAUGCUGUUAGCGUUUUGGGUUCGAAUCGCAUGCACUUAUUGAUAUGAAUAAAACAGCUACAAACUACAAAGUUUACCAAUUCCAAAGAAAACUUAAAA